CCUGCCCACUACACUCUUGCCGUCUCACCCAGACUCUACAGCAAGAGCACCCCGCCUAACUUUGGAUCAAAACAUCACGCUUUCGUCUCCCCCGUCUUCUUCCUCUCAGUGAACACCACUCAACCACCACCACCACCACCACGCUGAGCGUUAUACAGCAUCCGUUCACUCGUCUUUUACUGCAACUAUGCAUUCUUGUAUCGCUACGCUUCUCUUCAUCCUCGCUUCCCUAUCAUCAGCACGAUACCUCGACCGCUACACCACCGAAUCAUGGCACACCAGAGACAUGGAGCGAGUGGAUGGCUGCCUUAAAACCUCCGUGGGCAUGUGGUUCUGGCCGGGAGCAGCGGCCUACGUCUUCUUUAACAACCCCAGCGAUCUCAGUUUCACCUACGCCAUCGCAACUAGCUACGACGUAUACUACCCGCAGACCCUGUCCCACUUGCUACAUGCGCACAACUACACCAUCAGAUCCAAGUACGACGUUCAAGACUCGGAGCUCUGUGGUUGGUGGUAUGCUGGUACAGCGCGAGUGGACGGCCGACACCAUGGCAACAUACUCUGGAAGUACAGCGAUCUUCGUCGCAAGCCUGAUGUACCAGACUUUGGCAACUUCAGGUCUUGGGAAGCCUCGUCGAGGGACCACAUCCCGCCUCACCUGAGCACCACACCCAACGACGCAACUUUCAACUUUGUCCGUGAUAUCCUUGUCGAGAACGUGCCCAACGCGGACAUAUACUACAACUGGGCCACGCUGUGGAGCUGUGCCUCUGGCAUUCUCGGCAUGCUGGCUUUGCAGUUGGCGCUCAAAUGUUGGACAGACCACGAGAUGAGGAAGCAAGACUCCGAGAGCUCAUCUGACAUUGAGCUGGACGAGAUCAGAGUGCACAGCCUGUCUGGAUCCAGCAUGCAACGGAUGGACAUGGACGACUAUGUCAAAACCCCCAGCUUCGCCAUCGAGAUCACAAAACCCGACGCUGCCAGCCCGAUCCCGUCGCGUACUGCUAGCACUAUCGCUGACCCACCGCCAAUCUACAGUGUCGACGGCGCUGGUCGCUAGUCUGUGCUGGUGGGAGGGUUUUAUGCGAUAUUGUAUGUGGGAACUGUUCAUGCUUUGGAUUUUCCGGUAUGCGGCGUUUGCGUGGGUUUACUGUCUCGAUUGUACCGCUGUU